AUGUCACACCCACUCGAUCCUGUAACUGUCGACGAGCUCUCCGCUGCAGUCGCACUCUUUGGUGCCGCAGGGAGGUUGAGUGAAAGAGCAUUCUUCUCGGCUGGGUGGGCGGUCGAGCCAUCGCGUGCCGACCUUGCGCGCCACGACGCCGGCGAGCCUCUUGACCGGAUCAUCCGUCUGAUCGGCCACGACCGUGAGCAGCGGCAGAGCUUCGAGGCCGACGUAUCGGUGACUGGUGGCGAACUGACCAGCUUCCGCUGGAUCGACGAGGGCCAAGCCGCCAUUUCUUUCGACGACGUGGUGCAUGUGGUAUUGGGCUUGGGGGAACACCCCGAAUGGGUCGCUGCGCUCCAAGCCCGUGGUGUCACCGACCUCGAAAAGGUUCACAUCGAACCAUGGCUCGCUGGCAUCAACCCACCCCAGAUGCCCACUGGUCGAGUGCUUCGGGCGAUCGCGUUCUUGCACGAGCAUCCCGAAGACAACUACUACGCCCGUCCGGUCGAAGGUCUGACCGCCUAUAUCGAUGUCGACAACGGCGAGGUCAUUGUCGAGGACCACGGUGUCGUUCCCACGCCGACCGAGUCUGGCGACUACGCCGCGCAGUUCGUCGAGAACUUUCGCGAUGACAUCAAACCGCUCGACAUCAUUCAGCCCGGAGGCCCGAGCUUCGAGGUCCACGGAAGCGUGAUCACCUGGCAGAAGUGGCACAUGAGGGUCUCGGUCAAUCCAGUCGAGGGGAUGGUCUUGCACGAUGUCCGCUACCGCGACGGUGACGAAGACCGCAAGAUCUUUCAUCGCAUGGCGCUGUCCGACAUGGUGGUGCCUUACGGCGAUGCCUCGCCGUUGCACUAUUGGAAGCACGCGUUCGAUGCUGGCGAGACCUGCCUUGGCCAUCAGGUGAACUCGCUGAAGCUGGGAUGUGACUGUCUUGGCGAGAUCGUCUACCUGGAUGCGGUUUUCCUGAACAGCGAGGGAGAGCCCUACGUCGCAGAGAACGCGAUCUGUACUCACGAGGAGGACUUCGGGAUUCUCUGGAAGCACACCAACGUGUUCCAGCCCGAGCUGCCGCCCGAGGUUCGCCGUUCCCGGCGGUUUGUGGUCAGCACUAUCUGCACGGUCGGCAACUACGAGUAUGGAUUCUUCUGGUACUUCUAUCAGGACGGAACGAUUCAGCUCGAGGUCAAGUUGACCGGCAUCAUCGGCGUAUCGGCGCUGCACGACGGCACCGAUCUCGAAACCUCGCCGCAGGUCGGACCCAACGUGACAUCGCCCAUCCACCAGCACCUGUUCUGCGUUCGCCUAGACCCCGCUCUCGACGGCGGCACGAACUCUGUCGUUGAGACCAAUGUGGUGCUCGACGUUGACGGCGCUCAUCCCUAUGGCGCUGGUUUUCGCGCCGUCGGCACCACACUCGAAACCGAGAAGCAGGCCAUGCGGGUCAUCGAUCCCGCGGCCAGUCGGACAUGGAAAAUGAUCAACCCGAACUCGCUGAACUCGAUGGGCAACCCGGUCGGCUACAAGAUCGUGCUCCAUCGACGCCGACCCCUGCUGCCGCCCGAGGACAGCCCGGCCGGACGCCGAGGCGGGUUCGCCCGCAACAACCUGUGGGUAACCAAGUACGACGACCAGCAGCACUACGCCGGCGCCGGGCCCUUCACCCAUCUGCACCCCGGCAACGGUGUUGGCCUGCCCAGCUAUGUGGCCGAGGAUCGAUCGGUUACCGACACGGACAUCGUGGUCUGGCACACGUUUGGUGUCACGCAUGUGCCCCGACCCGAGGAUUGGCCCGUGAUGCCAGUGGAGUACGUGGGGUUCACGAUGAUGCCGGUUGGCUUCUUCGACCAGAACCCAGCGCUCGACGUGCCGCCGUCAGCCGGGUCGGCAUGCCAUUCCGAGGAGCCAGGAUGA